UUCACCCUACACUGAUAAGAGAACACUGAACACACAAGAUCCUUGCUAAGUCUCUGUCUCUCCUACACUCUUUAUCUUAAAUCUUGGACAUUAAGCACCUUUAGCAAUUUAAAAAGUUUUGGUCACCGCUGGGAGGCAAUUUGCAACGAACACCAGACGACAGCAGAGGAUGUCUACAUGAUCUACAUGACUAAUGUUGAAACUUUAACAUUUGAUAUGACAAAGCAGAAUUGUUUACCAGUUCGGAGGGACUUAAUCGGUCACUGACUAAAACACUUGGGUACAGUACAGCAGUAGGCCAAAUCUAAACCGUUGCUCUACAUACAAUGAAGAUCUCAGGAGCUUCACUGGACCUGAGCGCAGCCGAAUAUGGAGUAACCCUGGACCCUACGUUCACCAUGUUGGAGUUUGACGGUCUCCGUGUUCUCCCUGUACAAACAGAGUCACUAAUACCCAACGUUGUGCUUGCAUCAGUACCAACACUCAACCUGCAGCAGAACAGUGUAAAUCUCUGUGCCAUCUGCGCAGACAGGGCUACAGGAAAACAUUAUGGUGCGUCCAGCUGCGAUGGAUGCAAAGGCUUCUUCAGAAGAAGCGUACGCAAGAACCACGCCUACACGUGCAGGUUCAGCAGGCUGUGUGUUGUGGACAAAGACAAAAGGAAUCAAUGCCGAUACUGCAGACUUCGAAAGUGUUUCAGAGCCGGCAUGAGGAAAGAGGCUGUUCAAAAUGAGCGAGACCGCAUCAGUAGUCGAAGAGAAGGCCAAGGUGUGGGGACUCUCACCAUCGAAGUGUUAAUGCAGGCUGAGGCCUUUACACAUCAGCAUCCCUCUCUGAAUCCCAUGAGGGACAUCAACAGUAAGAAGAUAGCUGGUGUGGGUGAUGUGUGUGAAUCCAUGAAAGAACAGCUCCUGCUCUUAGUGGAAUGGGCGAAGCGCAUCCCUGAAUUCUGUAAGCUUUCAGUGGAUGACAGGGUAGCACUGUUGAGAGCUCACUCUGCAGAGCACCUUAUCUUAGGGGUCGCACGCCGUUCACUGCCCUACAAUGAUGUCAUUCUGCUGGGGAAUGACUUCAUCAUUCCAGUAAGAGGCACGGAGCUGGAGAUGUCUAAGGUAGCGGCUCGUGUCUUGGAGGAGUUGGUUAGACCUCUAAAAGAGCUGAACAUCACAGACACUGAAUUUGUUUGUCUCAAAACCAUCGUCUUCUUUGCUCCAGACUGCCCAGGACUACAGUGUGCCCAAGCUGUGAGACAGUUGCGAUUUCAGGCCCAGUUGCUCCUGGACGAGGCCACUAGCGAGCAGCGGGGACGAUUUGGGGAGCUUCUGUUGUUGCUGACCACCCUUCAGAGUGUUGCCUGGCAGAUGGUUGAGCAGCUGCAGUUGAUGCGUCUUAUGGGCAAAGCCAACGUGGACAGCCUGUUAAUGGAGAUGCUACUUGGAGAAGAGGCAGCCAGAGGAUCUGAAUCACUGCCUGUCACAGAGUCAAAUCCUGGGCCACUUAUAUUCACCGCGCCUAUAGAGCCAGGUCUCUGCAGAGAGAUCUUGACAGAUCAUAUCACACUGCCUAACUUCACCUCAGUCAUCCUCCCGGUACCCUCCUCUCUGCCUGAAGAUCCCUUGCAACACACACAUGCUGUGCCUGAGGUCUUUACACAUGGGGAACCAGCAGACAUGCCAAGAGAAAUGGCCAACAGUCUCGCCAUUCCAACUGUUCACACAUGCCUUUAACCACAGUUACAUACACGUCCCCAGUUAUAAACCCUUCACAUUCACUAACUCGGACAUACAGAUGAACACACUACCUAAAAUUGAAGUAGUUAUUAUUUUGUACACAGUAGAGAUAUUUGCAUCAUAAAAAAUGCCUUUGGUGACUGUAAAACUUGUAUUUUAAUGUUAAAUAUACCUAAUUUGGGUAGUGCAUUUUAUUACAAAUAAACAGAGAAUAAAAGUUUUAAGCUAUGUAAAAACA